GUCAGGAGUGUCAAUUGUCAAUUAAAAAAGUUGUGGAGCGGCAAGCCGGCGAGAAGCACGUUUUCCUCAAAUAUCAAUUUCUCAAUUCGCAAUGAAUUCAAUCUUUAAAGUGGCUUUACGAGUCAAUAAUUUAAAAGGUUUUAUCAAUCCAGUAAGAUGUGGAUUACUAACCAGCAGUACGCAAAAGGUUACUACUAGGAAUUUGUGGCAUUUAAGUAAUAAAUUACAAGUCAACCCCAAAACAUACAAUGACUUUGGUUCAUGCAAUUGUGGCAACGUGAAAUAUGUUCAUACUAAAGCUGAAAAAGAACUUGUUGAAUUUCUUACUGAGGAGAUUCUUGCUGAACGCAAAGCCCAGAAAGUGAAAACCAUUCCCACAGAGAUAGACGGAUUUAAAGCAAAUUUAAACGGAGCUGAAGUUACUCUGACCAAAAAGACUGAUACAGAAACAAUUAAAAUAAGUUUUAAUGUAAAUCACUCAGUAGAUUCUGAUGCGGAACCAGAAAUUAAUGACAGUAUGGAUAAACCUGAAAUCGGAGAACUAAAGUCAAAACCAGCAUUUAGGAUUGACUUUUCACGGGCAGAUACCAACAUCAGUAUUUUGUGCUCUUUUGUUGCUCCAAAUGAACAAGAUGAUGGUUACAAUGAUUCAUUUGGUAUAGAUGAAGUUAGUAUUUAUAAUGGCGAAUGGAAUGAAAAUGUGUAUUCAGUGUCGGGAGAAGUUCUAGAUACGUAUUUAUAUGAUCUGCUUUUGAAUUAUUUGGAGGAAAAAGGAAUCAGUAAUGAAUUUGUAGAGAAGCUUUCAAAUUAUAGCACAGCUUACGAACAUUCAGCUUACAUAGGUUUAUUAGAGGGUUUAUCUAAGUUUAUUGCUGGAAAGUAAAGUAGAAUUAGUUUUUAUUAAUAGGAUAUCAAUAUGUUUUAAAAAGCUUUAUUAUAAUAUUUAAUUCUUAAGUUGUUCCAUGUUUGUUGUUAUUAUUUUUGGACAUCUCAUUCCUGUUGUAUUUUUUUUUUGUAAAAGGAAAUAAAUUUAAUUAAUUAAAAC